AAAGAAUCAUCAACUCCUUUUUGACGAACUACCUAAAAAGAUCGAGAAACACACAAAACUCAUUUUUUUCAUCGAAACUAAUUCUCCACUUCAAGAACUGAUUUUGUUUGUUCCUGUUAUUUUUAAUGAGCAUCUGAAAUGCGCCAUGUUUUAAUUGCCGCUUACCCCGGAAAAGACAGCGGACUACUCCUUGACUUGUUCAAAAUGCGAGCAAGACAUCUACAUAUAACCCUUUUAUUGGCGCUGAACAUAAUGCAAGUGCUAUCUGAAGACGUUGUUGGAAUUUCCGGAAACAAGGUGCUCCUCCCUUGUGUUUUCAGUACACCAAAGCCACUAGAUGUGCAAACUGUCGGUUUUGCAUGGAAAAGGUUGCCAAAUAUUAACAUGCUUAUUUUCUCAUCUGGGAAAAUCAACAUAGCCCCUGGAUAUGCAGGCUGUAUUUCGUUAUACAAUGAUCAAAUAGCUAAAGGAAAUUUUUCACUGGAGUUGUUAAAUAUCCAAAAAACAGACGAAGGGGAUUAUAGGUGCUACCCGCCUCCAGAUCAACCACCACAAGAUGUCAAGCUCACUGUUAAAGAACCUGAAGCUCCUCCUGUAGUCACUGAAAAAAGCAAGAGUUCAGGAGAAGAACCUGGAAACACUGCUGUGAAUUUAAUUCCACAGAAAUAUGUUGCAUUUCUCAUUUCUUUAUCAUCUCUUCUCCAUCUUGUGGGAUGAGUGUCAGACAUCAGAAGAUAAAGAAGACAACCUAGUUAGCAUUUUCAUAUACUAUAUCAUUUAGUUUAAUGUUUUUUGUUAAUUAAAUCAUAUAAUUUGAAACUUUUACAAUUUCUGCCUGAUUAAAUUAGAUUUGAGGGG